UACCACCUACUGGGUAUUUUUCUUAGGGAGAAAAAAAAGCUAUAGAUUACUACCCACGUUAAUGUUGCCCCGAGCAAUAUCGGAAAUCUUCAGGAUGUCGUACUGAUGUUGCUUUUGUCAUGCCCCCCCCCCUUACACUUGAAAAUAAAUUCUUAGAUAAUAAAAUUCAAAAAAAGGUGUCUGUCGUAUAAAGUAGACGUUCGAACUAGGGGCGCACAGCGCAAUCUUGUUUCCAAAGGCAUGGGGAUCCGCUUUCACACCUGGAGGCCUGGGACUGCAGUUCCCUGGGACGUUUUCUGCGUGACAGCUGUGUGCCAGGCGCUGUGCUGCAAGCGGAGACUUGAUUCGGAAAGAGCACGUUGUCUUAAGGGGAAAUGACAUCUGUCUACCAAGCACCAAACCCACUUUCCUGGAAUAGAUUCGACUCACAGGGAGCCGAUGGGGCAGCGUAGACCUGCCACGCCGAGCUCCAAGGCUGUAACUGUCUGAGGAGCUCACGGCCACAUCUUUGUCCCGCAGAAUGGUCGGUGGAGUGAACCGCCCUCAGAUACUUUAACGUCUGUGCCACCGGGGCUCCUUAUAGUAUCUGUAUAAGUGAUAGGAAAUGUCGAGGGUAAGCGCGGUAGUAGCAGCGUUUCAUUUCCAUACAGUAGCUUAUUAGAAUAGGUGCUUAUUAGAGUAGGUGCUGACAUCUAUGACUUUGGGAGUUAUCUCAGGACAGACUGCCAUGUGUUGCCUUUAAAAAUUAAGAAGUCAGUUGUAUUUAUAGAGAAUAAUUGGAGAAUGCAUGAACUGAAAAAAAUAUAUAGUAGAACAUGGAAACAAAAAGCAAGUAAGAGAUGCAAUUUGCCUCACAUUCCUUCGGGGUUGGAAAUGGCUGUUGUUACCCCUGUCUUGGAAAAGUACCUUGAAUGUAGUCUGGUAGAAAGGAUAAGACCAAGUGUUUGUUUGAGCCUCAGCAUUUUGCCAGAAGAUUAUAGUAUGAAGAACAUGGUGCAUAAGUGGCAUUGCUUCGUAAGCCAACUUGUUAGUACCAUUUUGAAGAUGUUUGGGGUGAUGGGUUCUUGGUGCUAUUGGCGGUGGAAUGUUACUGAAGUCCUAGUACACAGUCUCUAUUCUCUUCCCCAAGGGGUGGCAUGGGCUUGCUUGCUUUUCGAAAAAAAUGGAAAAAGAAACUAUCCACCCACUGAUUAGCAAGAGAAAGUAAUUUUGUGAUGCUGUGAUGGGCAUUUUCCCCCCCUUGGAUCUACAACUGUUGGGAAAAGCUAACAUUGGUAUAGAAACUGCUGAGAAAGGCGUGUUAUUAUUAUUUUUUUAAUCCCAAACCCAAGUUGUAAGCAGAGCUUUACUGAAAUUGCAUUCAGAUAUAUGUUCCAUAUUUGGUGUAAGUGUCAUGCUUGUUGUGGAUUUCAUUCUUCCAUUGAGUUUUAUUAGGUGCUAGAAAGCUGCUCUGAAUACGUUUGAUGGUUGAUUCAUCCCCAAGGUGAACUGUGGACUUUUUAAAGGAUACCCCAUGUUACCCCAUCACCCGAGGAGUCUGGCCAGAGACUGGACGACACCGUGGGAGAAUCUGCAGAGGUGUUGCUGGAACAGACAUAUUUCUAGUUGUAUGAGGUGGCCUGGACAUUAUUCUCGUGCUCCUUAUCCAUACUUCAGUAGUAGGCAUUUCUCACUCAAUUGGAGACCAGCUUGUUUGUUUGAGUCUAGAACUCAGUUUCAGUACUUAUACUGGAGACCUGACCACCUGAGCCAGACUUCUUUGAUCCAUCUCUCUAGUUACAGCAUGAACUCUGAGGGAGAUGAGCCUUCAUCCAAACGAAGAAAACACCAAGGCACAAUAGAACGGCAGUGGGAAUAUAUAUAUAGCCAUAAUAAAGAAAACACGAAGAUCCUAGGAGACAAAAAUGGCGACCCCAAUUGUGAAGACAGUGAGAACCAGUUUGACUUUUCAGUGAUGUCCUAUAAUAUACUGUCACAAGACUUAUUGGAAGACAAUUCACACCUCUACAGACACUGCCGACAGCCAUUAUUGCACUGGAGUUUUAGGUUUCCCAAUAUUCUGAGAGAAAUUAAACACUUUGAUGCAGAUGUACUUUGUUUGCAAGAAGUUCAAGAAGACCAUUAUGGAACAGAGAUCAGGCCAAGUUUGGAAUCACUGGGUUAUCACUGUGAAUACAAGAUGCGGACAGGAAGGAAGCCUGAUGGCUGUGCCAUUUGCUUUAAACAGUCCAAAUUUUCGCUCUUAUCAGUGAACCCAGUGGAGUUCUACCGCCCUGACAUUCCUCUAUUGGACAGAGACAAUGUUGGAUUAGUGUUGCUCUUGCAACCCAGAAUCCCAUCUGCUGCCUCUCCUGCAAUCUGUAUAGCUAACACACAUCUGCUGUAUAACCCAAGGCGGGGAGAUAUUAAGUUGACCCAGUUGGCAAUGCUACUGGCAGAGAUUUCCAGUGUUGCCCACCAGAAAGAUGGCAGCUUCUGCCCUAUAGUGAUGUGUGGUGACUUUAAUUCCGUUCCUGGUUCUCCACUCUACAGCUUUAUAAAAGAAGGAAAAUUGAAUUAUGAAGGACUUGCUAUAGGAAAGGUAUCUGGCCAGGAACAGUCUUCACGGGGACAAAGAAUUUUAUCUAUUCCAAUUUGGCCCCCAAACCUAGGUAUCUCACAGAACUGUGUGUAUGAGGUACAGCAGGUACCAAAAGUAGAAAAGACAGAUGACAAUCUGACACAACCACAGCUUGAGAAGACAGAGGUCAUUGUGGCAGCUGGGAAAUUAUCUUCAUAUUUGCAGCAUCAUUUCAGCUUGUCGUCUGUUUAUUCACAUUACUUUCCUGACACUGGAAUUCCAGAAGUGACCACUUGUCACUCCCGAAGUGCCGUAACUGUGGAUUACAUUUUCUACUCUGCACAAAAGGAAGAUGUUGCUGGGGAACCAGGAGCGGAAGUUGCUUUGGUUGGUGGCUUGAAACUGCUCGCUAGACUGUCACUUCUUACAGAACGAGACUUGUGGACUGUUAAUGGACUUCCAAAUGAAAAUAACUCUUCCGAUCAUCUGCCUUUAUUGGCGAAGUUCAGACUUGACCUCUGACUCUUCUUUCAUUACCUACAUAAUUUGCUGUCUUUCUUUUCAAAGACUGUACAGUUGUAAAGCAUUUGCAUGUUAUUUUUUGUGUUGAAGUGUUUCUGAAGAGGUUAUGUUAAAUACUUAAAGCAGGCACAUUUUUUUUUUCAUAAAGAAAAAAUAUUUUGAUUGUCAAAGAAAUUUUUUUUUUUUUACUUCAAAUUAUAUUUAUUUGGGUGUUGAGAAGAUUAAACAGCAAAACCCACAGCAACAGUUUCUACAUGUACAUCGGAGGGACACUGACCUUCUUCAGGUUGUGUGGCUCUUCCUUCUUGAGUGCUUCUUCCCCAUUAACACAGAUUCACUGCCCUCGAAGGUUCCUCUCGAAUCUUUUCAAGUUGCUGUCAAUUUGAUUCCAUAGAAUUCUUAAAAGUGCAUAAUGCUCAAGGCUGAUCUUUUCUAACUUGUUAAGCGAAGCUAUUGUUGUUGCGUAAUGUUUUUUAUUGUAAAUUCUAGUAAAAUUGACUGGGAGUUUUAAAUAGUAUUCUUAAGUCCUCUUAGUAAAGAAUUUCAUGUUUUGGCCACCUUUCGAGUGGAUCUAAAGUAUCUUUUUGAGUUUUUGUCCACCCCACCUAGUUCACCUUUCCGGAAGGUUUGAUGCCAGUGAGAGAGCCUGGUUGAGCCCUAUCAGUUCAUCUCGGAAGUCACUGCAUCGAGUGUCUGACCAUUUUAGAUCAGUUGUGAAGGGACAUGAAAAUGUAAAUCCAUUGUCUGACUUGCCUAAACCAUUUGCUCUGCCUGCAUUUUGAGGCAAGGGGUGGGGGUAGGGGAAUAGGUAGGAGGUAUGGGCCACCAUGACUAGUAGUAACCAGUAAGUGGCACUUUCUUUACACAGCCCACCUUCUGCCCUGCAGCUGAAGAGAGCCUGAGAGGGCAGAGAUGCUGGGGUUGUUGUACAUGUUUCCGUAGCAAUUUUAUUCUCUUUCUAUUCAGCUUCAAAAUAAGAUCACUAGUUUAGGGGAGUUAUUGAACUUAACAAAGCAAUUCUAUAGACAUCUAUUUUAUUAGGAAAAUUGCCUUUGGAACAAAGUGGCAGCUAUAAGAUGAUUUUUGUUAUGGCUCAGCAAUGUUUCAGAAACAUGCAAAACUCUGGUAGGGAGGUAGCACUUAGAGGCAGAUUAUUCUGAAGUAGUAAUUUCAAUUCCUGGUUUCGGUGACUUGGCUUCUAAAAUGUUUUGUACGCUUUCACAGUGUUUCACCAGCGCGAAGGGAUGGUGCUGGCACUUGUUACAGGAGCAGUUAAAAGCAGGUCUAAUCAGCUUGCAGUUGACUCUACAUAAGUGUUUGCAUCAAAAAUUUGAAAACAGUAAAAAAUACCUCUUUUAGGGAUUGGGAUUGAAAAAAUUAAGGGCAUUUCUACUAAGCUUACACUGAAUUGUACAAGUUUUCACAGUGUCUUUUCUUAAGAGAAUGUAACAUUUUAAGUGAGAAGGCUAAUAGUUCAUAGUCUUGGAUUUUAAAAUUUUUUGUACCAAAGAACUUAGUUAUUUUUUUUAAAAUGAAAUGACCCCAAAGAUUGCAUGUGGGUGGAAAAAGAUUUGCCUAGUAAAAAUUGGAAUAAGUGAGUAUUUUGAAAACUUUCUCACUAUUUGGUUUUUAUUUACAGUAUUAGCUUAUAGCCCUAUGCUUUUAUACAUUUUCUGGUGAUGGUAGAAUAUUCUUAUAUGUUGAUCUAGUCAUCAAAUUUUAAUAGGUGGCCUAAUUAUCCUUCUUAGUGUUGGGAAAAGAAACAUGGAACUCAUUUGAUUAAUCAUUGCUUUGGAAUAUGUGAAUUUAUCAACAGCUAACAAUAUAGAGAACAUUGCUCACAAAUUAAUGUCCCUCAAAAUCUGUAUGAAAAUUUUUAUAUCCUAAUAUAUGUGCUUUUAGGCCUUUUUGUAUGUGUGUGUGCUUCACUUUGUGAAUUCAUAAAGUUGCUUUCUUAGAGAA